AUGAAGCUUGCAGAGGUUCUUGCAGAUCUUACAAGUCUGAAGACUAUUAGUGCAGUCGACGCUUUGAAUCUUGUUUCCCCGAACUAUACCAGGACAUCGUCCAUGAAAACGGAGGAUGAUGACUUGACUCGUGCCGAAUCUUUUUUGACCCUACAGUCCGAACAGGGCACCCGAGAAAAUCUCCUAAGUGAUACAGCUAGCCUUGUCUACUAG